GAGAUUAAACGAGAACAGAUUGACCAGAAAUUACAAGAGAAACUGCGAAAAGAUAAACAAGAAUUGAUGGAGAAAAUGAAACGAGAAGAACAAGAGAAGCGAGAACGAGCCGCGAAAUUACGAAAAGAAGAAGAGGAAAAACGUCAGAGUGAAUUGAAUGUUGGUCAAACCAAAAAAAGAAUCUCGCAAACUUUCUUUGCACCGUCACAGAACCUCGUCUCUAUUACCUUCCUGCAAGACUGUCUUCCGCAGAUGUGGAAACAAUUGCUGAACAGAAACGGCAAUCAUAGCGAAGAAAAAGAUCGAGAGGAUGAGGAAAGUGAAAAGUCUGUAAAGAGAGAGAAACAGAAUAAUAACACGCCUAUUGUUUCUGUUGAUUCAAAACCUACUUUCACAUCAUCAUCAAAAUUAGAAAGUAAAGCUGAAUCAGAGCCAAUGGCAAUUGAAGGAGCAGACAAGGAUACAUCGACUAAUAAUGAUAAAUCCACGGAUGAAACGACUACAGUUAAUCUGUCGUCGUCAAAAGAUGAACCCACCACCAUACAAGAUAAUAAAAAUGAUACUAUUACAAACACUACUACAGCAGGAGAAACGAUAACAAAUGAUCGGACAAAAAGGGAUGAAAAAAAUGACGCCAAAAAAAAAGACAAUGUUAAUGAUGGGGAUGUGGAUCCCCCGAAAAAUGAACAACAUCCAUCUAAUGAGGAUAUAUCGAUGAAGGAGGGUGAGGCUGAUGAAGUUGUAGAAUACUAA